UAAUUCAGCUGUUUUUCCACAAUCCAGGGGAAGAAAUACCGAGGCUAAUUCCAACUUAACUGGAUAUGUAGCUCGUUUUGGAAUCUUGCUUCAAAACCCAAUUCUACCCCUCCACUUCUAAACCCAAACCGCAAUUUCAAGGGGGCAACUAAGUCCACUUAGAACAAAAAGCGUGGGUCCCGUCCCGUCCCAUACACCACUGGAACAAAACAAGCAAGCAAAACCAGGGGCUCCUAUUCCACAGCUGCGGCAGUCUUUCUGUAUAUAAACCAGCAAAAACUCAGACUCAGCAACCAAAAAAUUCAGAGACUUAGAGAGAAAAAAUGAGUUCUUCAACAAGAGCGUUGAUUGUGGCAGCCAGCGUCGGCGUCGUGGAGGCCCUCAAGGAUCAAGGAAUCUGCCGGUGGAACCAUUUCAUAAGAUCCGCCCACCACUACGCCAAAAACCACGUUGGGUCUAUUUCUCAGGCCAAGAAGUUUUCCGCCGCCGUGCCUCCCGCUCCCGGCAAGCAGCUGCAUCAGUCUGAGGAAUCUCUGAGAACGGUCAUGUACCUUAGCUGUUGGGGUCCUAAUAACUGAACCGCCCAGAUUCGCAUUGAGAUUGCGGUUGGACCGGGGCGGUUCGAGCGAAGUGAAUUCCAUAAAGACAUCGCCGGCCGGUGUUGGAUCUGAUGAGCUAAUAGUAUAUGAUUCAUUUUUGCCUUCUUCUUCCUCCCUUCAUCAGUUUGUAAUUGUAAUUAAUGGGAGAUGUCUGAUUCUUUCAAGAAUUGUAAUUUCAAAUUUAAAAACAAUAGAGAUUAAUUACAAAAAUAUA